AUGUCGUUUAAAGGAUUUAGUUGGAGUGACCAGGUAAAUGGUGCUGGUGGCAAUGAUGAAACACCAUCUACCACACCAUCGACUACAACUUCAUCAUCGUCGACAUUUUCAUCACCGACAUUCUCUAGUGAACCAUCAACUUUGAACCCAUUCUCUUCAUCAUUGUUUGGUGGUAAUACUACGAAUAUUUCACCUUCAUCGACAACACCAACUUCACUUUUCUCACAACAACUACAACAACCAAGACAACAACAACAAUCAUCAUCAUCCUCUUCAAUGUUUGAUACAACCAAUUAUAAUAAUAAUAAUGGUUUUUCAUCUUUAUUCGGUGGUAACAGCAACAACAACACCUAUAACAACAAUAUAGAUCAAGGUUUCGAUUCUUCAAAUAUAUUCGGUAAUAAUAACAAAAAUAAUAAUCAAAAUGAAUUCGAUAUAAAUAUGUUACCAGAUGAUGAUAUCGAUUUAUCAAAGUAUAAUCAUAGUAAUGAUGGUGCUAUUGUUAGUGAAGAUACUUAUAGAUCAGCAUUGAACGAUAGAUUAAUGGAGCAAUAUGAUAAUGAAGCCAAUAGAAGUGUUAGUGGUUUGCAAAUGGAUGAAAUAGACGAUCCAGAUUUAGAUUGGUUUAGACACCAAACAUUGAAUAAAACAGAUGAUGAUAUCUUUUAUGAGAUCAUAGAGAAGCAAGCUACGAUCGCCAGCAACAACAACAACAACAACAUGAACAACGACACAAACAACCAAGAUAAUCAAUUUGCAUAUUUACAAAUGGUUGAUCAAUUUAAAACUUAUUUCGUCAACAAAUUAUCAUUACUUAAAUAUCAAUUAGAGAGACAUUAUCAUCUACCGAAUAAAAAGGAUACUGAAAGACAGAUAGAUCAAGUACAAAACGAAAAGAAUACAUGGGAUAUCCUUUGUAGAUUAUAUCAAGAUAGAGAUAAAGAUUAUCCUGAAGAAAGAGAUCAACCAGAUGACAUUCAAAUGGAUAGUAAUAUAAGUCAAGUCGAUGUAGUUGCUUUGAAUAUAAAGAGAGACUAUCAGAUGCGUGAGAAUAUCAUCGUUUUGAAUUGGUUGGAGGAGAUGGCAUCAAUGAUAAAGUACACCGAUGAACCUGUCUACUGGAAGAAGACACUCGAAGCUAUCAAGACUGGAAACAAGCAACAUUUGGUACAGUUUCUCGACCCGGAUGCUCAGCAACGUUUGAAUCUAAAGAUUGACGCUAUCGAUGAGAAGGACGACCACCAGUUCCUCUCGACGCUCUGGUCGCUACUGCGUGUUGGCAACCGAGAGUUGGCCAUCCAGUUUUGUCAGUUGGUCGGUCAGCACUGGCGUGCACAGACUCUUAUCGGCGACGCCAAGUUUGCUUCGGAACUAGAGAUUGGUAAUCCCUAUCGUAACUUGUGGCGACAGAGCUGUUUGACGCUGUCGAACAACGCCAGCGACGAGUAUGAGCGUGCUAUCUACGGUGUUCUGGCGGCAAACGUUGGUAACGCACUUCCAGUGUGUAAGAAUUGGUACGACUAUCUCUGGGUCUAUGUUCGUGUGCUCAUCGACAUCAAACUCAAUGAGGAGCUAAAGAGCAUACCAGUGCCACCAACUUCCUACGAGGAUAUUCCACCACUUCCUACAGCCUCGACAUUCCGAUCGACAACCGAUAUCCUUCAUAUUUUGAGAACCAAUUCACCGGUUGACAUUAUCAAACAAUCGAUGGAGCCAUAUAAUAUCAUUCAAGAUAGAUUGAUUUCAGAUGAUUAUCAAACUUUAUUACAAUCCCUUUUAGAUAUAUUAAAAUCUGGAAAGCAAUCACCGGAUUUCUUAAGAUUGUCAAUUGGUUUAGUAUUAUUCUAUAGAUUUAGAACUAUUAAUUAUCAACCAAAUCCAGAUGAACAAUCACCAGAGAAUGUUAUUAUUCAUUCAUACAUUCAAUAUUUAAUUGAUACUCAAAAGCACGAGUUGGUAGCUUUAUAUACAUCUUUCUUGGGUAAUGACGUACAGAGAACUAAAUUAUAUUCAAAGUUUUUGGAAGGUAUUACAGAGUUGGAAGAACGUCAGAGAUGUUUGGGAUUGGCAGAACGUUACAAUUUGGAUACAGAAUUGAUUACAGAGACCGUCGUCAAUAAUAUCAAUGCAAAGAACAGAGGUGUUAGUUCACGUUCAAUGUCCACCACAACCGAAGCCGAUGUCGCUAAGAUCGAUGCUAUUGGUUGGCUCUGUUUCAAUCCUCAGCAACGUAUUGAAGCCAUUCUCAAAUCGAACCUUUUGAUUCGUGAGUUUGUAGAGAACAACAAAUUGGAUGCAGCUCAACAACUGAUUGACGCACUACCAAAGAACUCUGUGGCCAUCUCCAAGAUGGAAAGCACAAGAUCAGAGAGCGAAACCAUCGACAUCAUCAAGGAGUUCACCAAUUGGUCACAGUAUUUGGAGGCAACCAGAAGAAUCGGUAUCUGGUUCCACAACUACUCAAAGAAACCAAAACAAUCGACCCUCCAUUUCAGACUGACUGGCAAGGAAUCGUACGCACAGAAAUUGGAUCUCGAAAGAAAAAAGAAAGAAGUCGAAGAGGAAUUUGGUCAGUGGAGUCAAAACAAUAUGCUCUAUGGAAGAGAUGCAAUCGAAUCGGUCAACACAAUUAUUAAACAAAGUUGGCUAUGUCCAGAAUCAAUUCAAGAUGUUAAUCCAAGUGAAUAUCAAAAACAAAUUCAUUCAUUAAGAGUCAGUUGUAUACCACCAUUAUUCUUUUCACUUCAUCAACUGUUGGUUGGAACUGAGCAAUACAAGAAGAGCUCACGUAUUUGUAAUUUAAUAGCCGACGAAAGAUUGAAAUGGUACAAUGUCUUCAAUCGUGAACAAAUUCAAGAAAUGCUUUCAUUGGUCCAAAAGAGUUUAAUCACUAUGAUGGAACGUCAAGAUAAUCAAUCAAAUAAUAGCUACGAUAUAUUACAAUAUAAACAAAAAAUAAAGCAAUAA